AACGAUUUGUUUACCCAGGCUAAUACAUGCGCUCUCAUAUUCUUCUUGCUAUGUCGACCGCAAAUGCCACCUUUGACGCCCUUGUUAUAGGGGGCGGCCCAGCUGGACUCUCGGUAGCAACCGGCCUAGUGCGCCAGGUGUACAAAGUAGCCGUCUUCGACUCUGGAGUUUACCGCAAUGCCCUAUCUAAUCACCUGCAUAACUUGGCUGCGUGGGAUCACAAGCCACCAGCCGAGUUUCGUUCCAAGGCUCGUCAAGACCUCUCAGACCGUUAUGCGGACCUAGUCCAGUUUGUAGACAAGCAGGUAGACGUUGCCAGGAAAACCGAUUCUGGUUUUGAGCUUGUCGAUGCGGAUGGCAUUACUUGGACAGGCAAAAAGCUGUUCCUGGCUACAGGAUGGAAGGAUCUUUUCCCUGAUAUUCCCGGUUACCCUGAGUGCUGGGCCAAAGGAAUCUUUCACUGCCUCUUCUGCCAUGGGUAUGAGGAUCGAGGCAAGCCAUCUGCUGGUGUCCUGGGUAUGAACUUCAGUGGCAGCUCGCCUAUGGCACUCCAUCUUGCUCGCAUGGUCCUACGGCUCGCUGAUAAAGCCGUAAUCUAUACCAAUGGAGCAAACGGUCUGGGCGAGCAGAUUAAGUCCGACCUCACAGCCACUGGUACAGCCGGGGCCAAGAGUCGCAUCACAAUAGACAAUCGCAAAAUCGUGGGUCUGUCAAUGAAGUCUGAGGGCAGCUCGGAUAUUGUGAUCAAGUUCGAGGAUGGCUCUGAGGUGGUUGAGGGAUUUUUGGCCCACGGGCCGAUGGGGCAGAUUAAUGGGCCUUUUGCCGAGCAGCUAGGGCUUGAACUUACACCGACCGGCGAUAUCAAGACGGAAGGCCAGAUGUUUGAGACUCAGGUCAAGGGAGUUUUCGCGGUCGGAGACUGUGCUACCAUGAUGAAAGCGGUGUCCCAGGCAAUUGGUAUGGGUUGCUUGGCGGCUGGUGCGGCGGCCGCUCAACUUGGUGCCGAGCUGGCUUGAUGGGACAUGUAUUCACAUGAACACGGUGCUAUUUCUCAUAAAUUGGGUAGAUUUCUAUCAUCUCAAGGCAUUCUCUUGUAUUGGUUGGCAGAACUGUACCUGAAACUUUGCCUACCUGACGGCAUCCUGCCUUUGGUGGACCCCAGUCUAAUAAACUAAUAAACCAGUUAUCUGCUUAUGCAGUCACUCUUGCUAUAAAUUGCACCGAGAGACACCUA